UGUGACUGCGUUGACGGCAUUGGCACAUUGGCGUGCAUCGCCAGUGCAGUGCAUUGCUCUACCAUGGAUUACCUGGGUGCAGAAAUAAGCAAGAAGAUCAAGAGUGCUAUCAGAGCAAAACUGGUAGAGCUUGGUGUCUAUGUUGAUGAUGAGUUACCAGACUACAUCAUGGUACUUGUUGCCAACAAGAAGACUAAGAAGCAGAUGGAAAGCGAUCUGUCCCUUUUCCUCAGCGACCAUACAGUGGCUUUUGUUGAAUGGCUGCAACAAGUGCUGGACAAAUUGCAGACUAUCACCCUGCAGGCUAAAGACAAAGGUGAAUCAGAUGAAAAGGGCAGCAAGGGAAGUGCUAGCAAAGAAAAAGAAAAGAAACGGAAAUCCUCGGAAGUGGGAUCAGAAGUGGCUAAGAAAGGGAAGGUGGAUGAUUCCAAAGAGAAGGAACGCAAGCGGCCAGUAGGCGAGUCACACAAACCCAAGAAAGAGAAGGACAGAGCCUCGAAAAGACCAGACUCUGAGGUACCGAAAAGGGAGGAGAAGGCGAAGGCGGCGCCGCGGUCGGGGUCGGAAGCACACCGCUCUCGGGAGUCGUCUGGCGGCGCGGAAGGUCGCCCGGCGCGGCGCCGCUCGCCAGAUGGCCGCCGCCACCCGCGCGUGUCUGCCCCGGCCGGCCGGCGGGCCGCGAACGCCCCCGUCCCCGCCCCACCGGACGAAGACGACGAUCAGGACGUGCUCAACCUGAGCGCUGAGGAAGACGAGCUGGUGAAGGAGUCGACGGUGGGCGCCGUGGUGUCGCGCGAAGAGGCCGAGGCCGAGUACGACCCGCUCAACCCCGCCGUGGGCGCUGUGGCCAGCACAGUGCGCGUGACGGAGCGGCCGCGCCGGCCGGCCAGCCAGCAGCCGCGGCCCACUCUCUUGCUCAAGGCCAUGCGCGACGCCCAGCAAUCCACCGUCGCCUCCGUCCGACCGUUCCUGGUGCGCGCGCAGAACCAGCCGACCGCGGGCAAGCAUAAGAGGGAGCUGUUCACGGCGUCGCUCCCGCCGCCGCGCGCCGACCCGUGUCCCGAGCGCGCCGAGCCGAAGCCGAGGGAGGCGGCGGCGCGCGCUCGCUCCGUGGAGCCAUCCUCUGACGAGGAGGACACGGUGCACGUGACGAUCGGCGAGGUGAAGGCGCGGCCGCAGCGCACAGAGAGUGUGGUGGAGCCGGCCGAGUACAAGCCAACUGCGAUCCCGACGGUGGACGACAUCUCAGCCAUCGUGCACGCAGUGGCGGACCGGAUCAAAAACCCGCCGCCAACCGUGCGCGCCUCCAGUCCGACGUUCGUGGUCACUAUGACCGGUCUGGGCGCGUCCCGGUUCGCCCGCUCGCUGAGCGUCGACGAGGCGACCGACGGCGUCGCACAGGACGAGCUGGUCGAGGAGGAGGAGGAAGAGGAAGAGCUGGAGGAGGCCGACCUCCGGCAGCAGCUGUUGGAGGACCGCGCCCGCAAGUCGGCGCACCCGGUGAUUGCGCCGCCGCCGGAGCCAGAGCCGGAGCCGGAGCCGGAGCCGCCGCCCGCCCAGAAGCCACCCGCUCGCUGCCGGUUUUGGCCCUCCUGCAGACUCGGCGCGGAGUGCCUGUACCAUCACCCCAGCGUACCCUGCAAGACGUUCCCGGCCUGCAAGUUUGGUGACACCUGUCUCUACAUCCACCCGCGCUGCAAGUUUGACGGCAGCUGCUGGCGGGCCGACUGCCGGUAUUCGCACAGCGGCGCGCGGCCGUCCGUGGCGCCGGCCAGCGCGAUCGCGAGUGGGGUCGGCGCCCGGCCCCCGCCUCACACGGCUGCUGUCUCGAUGGUAGCGGAGUGCAAGUUCUUUCCUAACUGCACCAACCCCAGCUGCCCCUUCAUUCAUCCCAAGAUGUGCCGGUACGCGGACGCCUGCACCAACCCGUCGUGCCUGUUCAGCCACCCGACGCCACCGCAGCCGGCCGGCCGGCCGCAGUUUAAGUGGGUGGCGCCGGGAACGAUCUGA